AUGCAUAAGUUUUCCGCCUUCCCUGUUCACAAAAUUCCCAAACCUAUUGAUGUGCAUACGAUAAGAACUAUCAUGCAGAAAGUAUUUGUGUACGGCACUCUUAAACGGAAUGAGCCAAACCACUCUUUGCUGCAGGAUGCCAAUAAUGGCGUUGGUUGCUUUGUAGCAGAAGGUUACACCAAGACCAAGUAUCCGUUGAUUAUUGCAACUAAAUAUAAUAUACCAUUCAUCCUACACUGCCCUGGGAAAGGACAUUUUGUACAAGGUGAGAUAUAUGAUGUAGAUGAGAAAAUGCUUGGCAAACUUGACAUACUGGAAGACCAUCCCAAUUACUACAUACGAGAGAUUGAUGACAUCAUAAUCAAAGAUACAUUAUCACAAUGUCCUCAAGAGGAAAAAUGUUGGGUGUAUUUCCUGAAGAACUUUAAGCCUGAACUUCUGAAGCGGCCAUAUUUGGACAAUUACAGUUCUAGUGGGAGCCAUGGGUUGCAGUAUAUGGAAAGAAAUAACGAAUCUGUGAUCGAGGAUCUAGAUGACGACGUGACUGCAAGCAACACUAAUAAUUAG